AUGCUAGAAGCUCCUCUUCCCCAAGGCGCAGGAUAUGCCGUUGUCGUUGGACUCGGUUUUGUGUUUUCCCUCGGAAUGAUCAUGACCACAUUCAUUCUCCGAAGAUACCAAAAAGAGAUUAUCACUGCUGAAGAAUUCGUGGCCGCUGGGCGGUCUGUAAAAACCGGUCUGAUCGCAGCGGCAGUUGUGAGUUCCUGGACUUGGGCUGCUACGCUGCUGCAAUCGUGCACUCAAGUGUACAAAAACGGUAUUUCUGGAGCCACAAACGUCUUGGUGACUGCUAUGCUUCUCACGGGAGGAUCUGCCGUCAUUAGUGACCUAACCGGCAUGAACACCGUUGCAGCUUGUUUCCUAUUGCCAGUCGGUGUCGUUGUGUAUACUUUGUUUGGUGGAAUCAAGGCCACUUUCCUGACUGACUAUGCUCACACAAUUGCCAUUAUUGUCAUCAUUCUCACCUUUGCAUUCACAACCUAUGUUUCUGGAGACGUUUUGGGGUCCACCAGCAAGGUGUAUGACCUGGUCAUCGAAGCCGCGAAGGAGAAGCCAAUCGAGGGCAACGCGGACGGGUCUUUCCUCACCAUGAACUCUCGGUCAGGAGGAAUCUUCUUCGUCAUCAACAUUGUCGGAAACUUUGGUACAGUUUUCCUUGACAACGGAUACUGGAACAAGGCUAUUGCCUCCAGUCCUGCCGCAGCUUUGCCAGGUUACAUCUUUGGAGGUCUUGCUUGGUUUGCUGUGCCUUGGCUUGUGUCUACCACCAUGGGUCUUGCAUGCGUGGCUCUCGAAAAGACACCGGCAUUUCCUUCCUAUCCAAACCUGCUUACAGAAGAUGAAGUUUCUGCAGGUCUGGUGCUACCGAGCGCCGCCGUUGCCAUGAUGGGAAAAGGCGGUGCAGUGGCUGCGUUGAUUAUGGUCUUCAUGGCCGUCACCUCUGCCUCCUCUGCUGAGUUCAUCGCCGUCUCCUCUAUUUUCUCCUACGAUAUCUACAAAGGCUACAUCAACCCCUCGGCGUCCGGAAAAAGACUCAUUUUCACCUCGCAUGUGUCGGUGGUGGUUUUUUCUCUCGUUAUGUCUGGCUUUGCGACCGGCCUGUGGUACGCAGGCAUCUCCAUGGGAUACUUGUACGAGCUUAUGGGUAUCAUUAUUUCCGCCGCUGUGUUCCCUGCCGCCAUGACCCUGCUAUCAAGAAAGCAAAAUGUGCAGGCUGUUGUGUGGUCGCCUGUUCUUGGAACAGCCUUUGCCAUCAUGAGUUGGCUCGUGUGCACAAAGAAAAAGUUUGGAAGCAUCACUGUGUCCAACACUUUUGAGGAUGACGCCAUGCUAACAGGUAACGUUGUUGCUCUGCUUUCACCAUUGAUUUUUGUGCCAAUCCUGACCUAUGCUUUUGGAUCGCAAGAAUUUGAUUGGGAGAUUCUCAAAACCAUCAAAAGAGUGGACGAGACUGAGGAAAUCAUAGAAGCUACCGAGCCCGUCACUGAGGAUGCAGAGUUCCAGCCGGUCAAGUCGCACAUGACUGCCAUUGCUCACGACAUUUACGAGCAAAAGAAAGCUACCGCUGCUGCGGAAGAGGAGGAACUACUCAGAAAAGCCUCUAAAAUUGCCGGAUACACCUGUUUGUUUAUGGCCAUCUCGCUGCUUGUGCUUUGGCCAAUGCCAAUGUAUGGAAGCAAAUACAUCUUCUCCAAGAAGUUCUUUACAGGAUGGGUGACUGUUGGCAUUAUCUGGCUAUUCUUUUCUGCCUUUAUCGUCAUUAUCUACCCACUGUGGGAAGGAAGACACGGAAUAUAUGUUUCCAUGAGAGGAAUCUACUGGGAUCUCACUGGCCAAACAUGGAAACUUAGAGAGUGGCAGAACGAGCAUCCUGAGGAAUUGCAUGUUGUUCGCAGUCAGGUGUCUGCGGAAAUUGCACAUGAAAGAGCGGCAAAUAUUGACCAGACCAUAGAAAGGCUCUCGGAAAAAGAUUGA